AUGGUCAACUACGCGAAGGCAAUGAAGGCUGCUGUCGAACAGAUUCUCCGCGCAUCUGCCACGAUGACAACACAUUCCAACCAGAAUAUGCUCACAACUGGCGUUUCCAACAUCGUCAACUCAUUCAAGUCCAUCCUCACAAUCCUCAGGAACAGAUUCCUCCUCAGAGAAGACUGGGCCCACAUAUCCGCAGAGGCCAAGCGAUCCCUCGAGAACGAGUUAUCCACAGCCAUCAAGGUAGUCAACGAAGCCGUCGAAAUCGCUCAUCGCGAAGAAGCCAUGAACGAUGCCGUCACAAAGCGUCUCCGUGCUGCCCUCAAGCCACUCAUGACAGUCGCUUCCAAGGUCGACUCCCAACUCCAGGCCGCCCAGGAGCGUACAUCAUCAAUGUCCAGAGAAUGGGCUCUCCAAGUUCUUUCUCUCAGAUCAGCCCUUUCCAAGGGUACAAUCAAGAUCAUGUUCCACACCAAGGAACAUCCAUCAGCCAAUUCCAACAAGUACGCAGAUCUCGGGGAGAACGUCACACAGCAGCUCGCUAAGAUCUCUGCUGACAUCAAGAAGAUCCUCGCCGGCGUAGACGAACCAGAAAAAACCGUCAUUGGAAUCAUGGAUUCUCUCGCUGGUGUUUGCCAAAACACACAGAAGGGAUCCGGCAUCGAAGACCAGGCUCUUCUUGAGGCAUUCAACAUCGUCUUGAAAGGAAAAAGUAGCUGUGGUGGCAGUGUUACUUCUUCAGCAAAGUAA